GUCGUCACGUGACCGGCCGCGCUGAUCAGCUGAGCGGCCGGCUGGCUCGCCUGGCUCGGCUGGCCGUCGGCCGCUGCUGUUUACCUCCGUGGCGGCGCGGCGGGUCGCCGGCGUCCGCUGGGAGGAGGGGGGACGGCAGGCACGCGGCGGGUGGUGGCAGAGCGGCAGUGGAAUCUCAGCAGUGAGGGGCUGUGUGUGGUGGAGCCAGGGGUCCGCAGUCAGGCCGGUCCCCAGUGAACGAUGCACGUGUCUCGAGCCAGGCGCUUUGGCUACUUGGCGACGGAGAGCGUUUGGAGCACAAGCAGUCUGUGAGCGACUUGGCGACGGAGAGCGUUUGGAGCAGUCUGUGAGCGUCACGGCCGCGGUUCCCCCCAUGAGCGCGCUGGUGGUGCCGGCUGACAUGGACGUGCUGGGCCCGCCGCCGGCGCUCUCCUCGUCACCGCUGCUGGGCGCCGAGUUCCUCUCGGAACUGCAGUGCGCGCCGUGGCGGCCGCCGCCCGCCUGCGCGCCCUCGGCCGCCGCCGCCGCCGCCGCUGCUGCCGCCGUGGACGCGCUGACGGACCAAAUGGCACGGCUGACGCGCGCCGCGCCGCGCCCCAUCCUGGCCUCCCAGCACCGCGAGCGGCGGCGCUGCAAGAAACGGGUGGCGUUCGCCGACGACAAGGGUCUGGCGCUGGUUCAGGUCAUCGAGCGCGCCGACGAAGAAUUCGUGAACGAGAAUUUCCCGACGCGGGUGGUGGCCGACACGGACGGUCUGCCGCUCGGCUGGAGUCUGGAGCUGACGCCGCCGCGGCUGCCGCAGCUGCCCCAGCCGCCGCAGCGGCCGCGCUGGAGCCUCGCCGGCGGCCAGCCGGUGGCCGAGUUCUCGCGCUUCUGCCAGCGGCUGGACCGCGACUCGGUGGCCCUGGAGACGGCCGUCUGCGGCGCCGGCCGGCGCACCAUCACCGGCAUCAUACGCGUCAAAAACCUCGGCUUCGAGAAGCGGGUGUUUGUGCGAGCGACGAACGACGGUUGGCGCAGCAGCCGCGACUGGAGCGCCAUCUACAUCGCGCCGGUACACGGCGCCGUGGGCCCGGCACCCUCCUACGACCGCUUCUCGUUCGAGGUGGAGACGCCCGAUGUGGGCUCAGCCGCCGAGCGGAUCGAGUUCUGCGUGUGCUUCCAGUGCGCGGCCGGCGAGUUCUGGGACAAUAACGGCGGCGGGAACUACGUGGCGCUCCGUGAAAGCCUCCCCGAGCAGCCGCCGGGGAGUCCGCCUCCCCGGUGGGAGCCGGAGGCGCCGGCGCCGCGGCCGCCGCCCCGGGACGUGUUCCGUGCCAAAGUGGAGAGUAGCUGGGCCUACUUCUCGAGCUGGGGCAGUGUGACGGCCGAGGUGCCCUACUGGUGACCGGUCGGCGGCGCUCCGGUGCCCGGUGUGGCCAACUGUCCCGCCGCCCACUAGACAGGGUCGCUGGGUGGGCGAUGAAUCGCGGAGAGAUCGAUCAGCCAAUACCGUUCCUCAUGAGUGGUUCUCCCACUGAACUGUGUUUGCCAUCGCUAAAUAUGACCUCGCGUAAUAUUACAAGCCAAACGGACCGCCCGGGACUACCCACCCGUGUGAGUAUCUCCCACUGGAGGAUGCAAUCUUACCAACCGGCCGACAUUUUUCGGCCAUUUAAAACUGCGCAGACUGGCUCAUAGACAGGUCACCGUCCGGACCGGAUGUGCUGACAGGCCAUCUGUUACUCUCGCAUGACUAACGCGUCAACAUAAAUCGUUCUGUGACGGACUGUACAAAACUGGCGUUCUGCGACGAACGCGUACAGACCCCGCUGGCCUAUGGUUCUGCAGCACCUGCGCUCAAUAUCAGCCCGUAUUGACGUGAUGCUGCAGAACAUGGUGUCCAGUUCUACUGUCAUUGGACAUAUCUGUCCGCUAUGCUUCAUAGUGGUCGUGAUCUAUGCGCCAAUAGUAUAUGCCGUUUUUGGCAAACAUUCGACGGAGUGUGGCAUGACCAAAAUGCCACCGAAAUGCACAAGAGGGCUGUAUAAGAUCCCGGUCACAUGUUAUCAUCGGGCUGUCGAUGCAGACAGCUUCCGCCCGUAUGAAGACAGGGCAUGUCGUUUUGCGGGAUUUACCAGUGCCUUGCUUUUUACUGCAUUUUACAGGUGUGUGUCACGGACCUGUGACACGAUUGUCGUGCUUCUUUCAGUGAGCAACGCGUCUUCUUGACGAGCCCACCGUCUUUUCACGAGCGAAUCGUGGACUAACAUGCUAUUUAUACUCAUCUAGUGUAAUAUUUAAAUAUAAUUAACCCGGUCUCGGAUGUCGAAUGCUGCAUGCCAUUGCAGAAUACAUAUACUGUUCAUAUGA